AUGCUGAACAACUUCCUGGGGCCACACUACAACAAGGAGCUGGUCAAGUACUGGCUUCCCACAGCAGGCACAUGGGGUGCUGUUGGUGUCAUGGGGCUAGUUUGGGCCACUGACUGGUGUCUGAUUCUGGAUUGGGUACCAUACAUCAAUGGCAAAUUUAAGAAGGACAAUUAAGCUAUCUUUUCAAUCUUAUGGUC